UGGAACACGACAAAGAGUUCUUCCACCCACGCUACCACCACCGGGAGUUCCGGUUUGAUCUUUCCAAGAUCCCAGAAGGGGAAGCGGUGACUGCAGCCGAAUUCCGGAUCUACAAGGACCACAUCCGGGAACACUUCAGUAACGAGACGUUCCGGAUCAGCGUUUACCAGGUGCUGCAGGAACACUUGGGCAGGGAGUCAGACCUGUUUCUGCUCGACAGCCGCACCCUCUGGGCCUCGGAGGAGGGCUGGCUGGUGUUCGACAUCACGGCCACCAGCAACCACUGGGUGGUCAACCCACGGCACAACCUGGGCCUGCAGCUCUCGGUGGAGACUCUGGAUGGGCAGAGCAUCAACCCCAAGUUGGCAGGCCUGAUCGGGCGGCAGGGGCCCCAGAACAAGCAGCCCUUCAUGGUGGCCUUCUUCAAGGCCACCGAGGUCCACCUCCGCAGCACCCGUUCCACGGGGGGCAAGCAACGCAGCCAGAACCGCUCCAAGACACCCAAGAACCAGGAAGCCCUGCGGGUGGCCAACGUCGCAGAAAACAGCAGCAGCGACCAGAGGCAGGCCUGUAAGAAGCACGAGCUGUACGUCAGCUUCCGGGACCUGGGCUGGCAGGACUGGAUCAUAGCGCCCGAAGGCUAUGCCGCCUACUACUGCGAGGGGGAGUGCGCCUUCCCUCUGAACUCCUACAUGAACGCCACCAACCACGCCAUCGUGCAGACACUGGUGCACUUCAUCAACCCGGAAACGGUGCCCAAGCCUUGCUGUGCUCCGACGCAGCUCAAUGCCAUUUCCGUGCUCUACUUCGAUGACAGUUCCAACGUCAUCCUGAAGAAAUACAGAAACAUGGUUGUCCGGGCCUGUGGUUGCCACUAGCCCCUCCUGGAAGUCAGACGCUUCGGGGCCACGUUUCUCCAGAUCCUGGGCCCCUCGCCGCCCAGCGUCUCCCACCACCUCGGCGAGGAGCCCGCAGCCCAGCUGCCUUUCGCGAGGCCUUCCCGUCCCCCUCUCCAGCUGCAGCGCUGUAGGAGCGUUAAGGAAUCUGAGAGGCAGAUGGCUUUUGAUCCGUUUUUCGUUGGCAUCCUACAGACAAGAUCCUACAAGCUGCUGCAGGAAAAACCUAACAGGGAAAACAUAUAUCAAGAAAAAUUGCUGGGCCCCGAUCGCUGGCUGUGAAGUCUCAGCUAUGCACCGACUCGUUCCCAGGGGUAAUGAUGACACCCUUCAGCCCGGCCACCAGCAGCGGGGGGAAGGGGCCGCGGCCAGGGGUGGGCACGUUCGUCUCUGUGCGAGAGGGAGACUAACGCGGAAGUCCCUGUAAUAAAUGUCACAAUAAAACGAAUGAAUGAAAAUGGUUAGGAUGGUAGAGAUAUAUUUUCCUAAACAAUUUAUCCCCAUUUCUUGGUUUACUCUGAUUUCAUAAACAGAAGCUGUGGCCGGCGGAGGGAGGGGAGGCCCCCUCUCCGUGCCAUUCCGGUUUCAUUCUGAGGCUUGCCCAGGCCCACUGUUUACGUAAACUCACCCAGAAGCCAAGAUUUGGCCAGCAGGGGAGAGGGAAAUUUUCUGCUUGGAGUUGACCUUGAAGAAUAAAUAGGUUCCAUCAUUCAGCUGAGUGCGUGGUGGCAGAAAUUAAAACAGGCACGUGAAGCACCGGCAGACGCCUGGAAUUGGUUUUCCAACGCUUCCCAUGGUAGGAAGUGAGGGAGGGUUGGCAGAUGGAGGCGGACAGCUCAGGACAGAACUUGCAGCUUGAUCCUGAGUUCCGGCCACCAUAGCCCUACUUUCAGAAGCACGCUAGCCUUCAACAGGGGUGGGUGGGCAGGGGGACCGUCAGUCCCCCAAGCCAGCUCCUCCGUUGGUCAUCGAUAGCAGCGUCCUGGAGUCUGGGCUCUGAUGAGGGCCUCCAUGGUCGCCUCUUUUCGUUCGCAGACCCCUUUUUGAGGACUCUGCACAAGGAUCGGCCCCUUGAAGUAAGGGAAAGGUGACACAGUGGGAGGUCUGCUGGAUGCAGGGUGUGCAGAUGUGAAUCUCAAACAGAAGCCUCCAGAAGCUGUCGUGAGAGUGUCCUGACUCGAAGUUGCCAUUUCUGACGCGGCUCUUGGCGUGAGCCUCCCUUGCCUUAGCCGGUGGGUCCCCUAAAUGGCGUGCACCCAGCCUCCAGCUGCAGUGCAGCCUUGGAGACGACCAGGCUCUCUGUGAACAGAGAACAGGGUUAUCCUGGUGAGGCCUGUGGCCCCUGGGAUCUGGUCUAGUGGGAAACUGCUUCUCCAUGUUGAUUGAGUUGGUUCCUGGAAACACAGGGACGCUGUUUUCAUUUUCUUUUAUGUUUUCUUCUUCAGUAGCUUGGGCUGCAGCCUUCACUCUGCCUGGUCAAUGGGGAAGAGUCGGUGUUUUUGUUACAUUUUGUUUUGUCUGUUGACAGAUCUGGGGGUUUUGCUGUGAUUCCCUCUUGGUGCAAGUUUUGUCACCACGUAUACCCCAGCCAACAUCUGGCUCGCAUCAUUUGUACACUGAAGCAUGUAAAUAGUUGUUACUAAACAAAGAAAUUAUUUAUGUCCGUCUGAAGCUCAUUUUAGACCCUCUCCAAUCCCUUGUUCAGGACGAUGAGCUUACUCGCUUCCCUCCAACCUGUUUAUUUUCUUAUUUAAGACUAUUUAUUAAUGGUCAGACCGAUGUACCUUCAGCCGUUGCAUAGAGCAGUCCUCAGAGAAAAUGCUGUAU